AUGCGAAGGGGGGAGGGGGAGGGGGAAGGGGAAGGAGGGGACGGCGCCAGCGAAGGUUGGAGCUGCCGUCGUCGUCGCCGAAAGAAAGAAGAAAGGAGAGGGCUGCGACAGGGGAUAAGAGAAGAGGGGAAAGAGAGAGGGAGCGCCGGUGGAAGGGAGGACCGUCGCCGGGAAGAGGAGAACGACGUGAGGAGGGCGGCGCGCGAAGAAGAGAGAGAGGGAUCCGAGGCUGAGCUGGUCCACGCAUGCUCCGUCGCCGGUCCGCGGCUUCUUUUGCUACAUCUGCUUCUGCCGGCGGGAAGGGGAAGGGGGAAGGGGAAGGGGGAAGGGGGGACGGCGGGGGGACGGCGCCGGCGGCGAAGAGAGGGAGGAGGGAAAGUGGAAAAAGUCGGAGAAGAAGAGGAAGAAAAUGACGCGGGUGGGGGGAAGGGGGAAAGGACGCGGGGUGGUGGGAAGGGGAGAGGGGGAGGAGGAGUGGGAAGGGUAAAGGGGGGAGUGGGACGGCGAGCCAUUGCCGUUGGAGUCCGCCUCACCGCCUCGCUUCUGCCGCCUCACGCCUCGCCGCCUCACGUCGCUGCCUCCGCCUCGCUUCUGCCGCCUCACACCUCGCCGCUUCCGCCUCCGCCUCACGCCUUACUUCUGCUUUCUUGCUUUCUGUUUCUUGCUGGUGCUGGUGGUGGUUGUGGUGCUGGUGCUGGUGUUGGUAGUGGUGGUGGUGGAAGAGGUAAUUGUGUUGGUAGUGGUGAGGGUAUUUUGGUCCAAAAAAUUUAA